UCCUCGAAUCCCGGCUCUCGGGGAUCGCCGCCCCUCCCGUGCGGUGCCGGCCGGGCGAGCCCCUCGCCACUCCUUCGGCCCCCACGGGGACCGGGUGCGGUCCCCGGGCUCUCCCGUGGGGGUGCAGCGGAAGGUUUCGGGGGUUCCCGCAGCCCCUCUCCCCGAGCCGCCCCCCCCCGUGCCCACCGGGACCCCGCAGGUGCCGGGGCUGCCUCCCCCGGGCGCCGGGAGAAGGAGCUGCCCCGCGGGGUUCGCCCUCCCGCCCCGGGGGCCGGCGCUGAGGAGGCUCCUCGUGAGCGCUCUCAGAACCAAGCGGUGCCUGGGAAAGCCCGAAACCCGGCCAGUCCCGGCUGCGAGCGCCCUGGGCGGGGCUGCUGCGGGAAUCGAAACCGAUACGGGGCUCGCUGCCCUCUUCGGCGGUUGCCGGCGCUGCCUCCCCUCGCCGGCACACCCGCUGCGGGUCGGGGUUUCUUUUUUUUCCCCUUUAUUUUUCUCAUAAAAUAAUUUGGCGUGCGGGUGAGACUGAGGACAGGCAGCAGCCCUGGUGUCCCACGCAGCGCUAUGAUCAGAGGUGCUGGGCGAGGCAGAGGCUCAUAUCUGACUGGGGCGAGACGCAACCACCCCAGCGCUACCCGAGGUUUUUAUAACCACCCUCACACCCCGCAGGAAACCAGCCAAGGCACCUUUCUGCACCAGCAGUUCCUGGCAGAGCAGGACGCUGCAGUCUGCCCGCCGCAGGGCCCACACGAGGGGGCCGCGGCGCCGGCUCCUGCGGGGACACACCGGCCUGGUGGUGGCAGGGCGGGGGGCUGGAGGUUCUCCAGCCAGCGGCAGUUCCGUGGGAACUCACCCCGGUACUGCCCUCCACAGCGCUGCCGUCAGGAGAACCCGGGGAGAGACUCUGACGCUGUCAGGCUGAAUUUCCAGAGGCUGUCGCUCGCCGGGCAAGACUGUGAACAGGAAAUUCUGAGUAUUUUCAGGCAACUUGGGGAGGGAAGGACUUGCACGGUUCAUGAUCUCACACGCAAACUUAAAACUCAAAAGAAGGAGGUCAACCGCGUUCUGUAUAAACUCCUCAGAGAGGGCAAGUUGCACAAGGGGGAGGAGACGCCGCCGCUGUGGAGGAUUGCCAGCCCCAGCUCAGGGAGGGAAAGGAGCCCUGCUGACCACAGUGCCAGCUGCACAGACCCAGCUUGUGAGAGCAGAGGAGGAGACAGGAGCGCGCUUGGCUCGGGAGACACAGACAUGGCUGAGACGAAGGAGAAAAUCUGCAACUACCUGUUCAGCGUGCCAGAAACAACGGCACUCAACCUUGCCAAAAACAUUGGGUUUUCGAGGGCCAAGGACGUUAAUGCCUUUCUCAGUGCUCUGGAAAAGCUGGGAGAUGUCCACAAGCAGAACACAAACCCCCCACGGUGGUCCCUGACAGACAGGAAACGUGAGAGGAUGCAGAUGAGGCUGAAGGCCAGCACGUUAAUACCGAAGGUGGAUCCCACACCUCCUGAGUCAGGUCCUCCCCCUUCCUCUGUCCCUGUGUGUCCCCAGGAGGUGACAGCAGCUUUGCCAGCAGCGAUGGCAGUGAAAGAAGAAAGUGUAGAAAAUGGACAGCAGCCUUUGGGGCAGCCUGACCAGGGCAGUGGCAGUGACAGGGGAGGGGACACGGCUGAGGACACCAAGCCUGAGUUCUCCAGUUUGAGUAAUUAUGAUAACUCUGAAAACGGCAAGUGGACCACGGAUGAUAUCCCAGAUAAUCUGAACACUAUCAACAAGCAGCCUGACAAGUCAAAAUGCAUCAUGAAUUCUCAGUCUUCCCCCAGUUACGCUGCCCAGUUUGAAGCUGCUUUGCCGUGUACGCCCGUGGAGAAAUUGAUGGCUUGUCAGGAGAAGAACCCAGUGAGUGGCCUUACUGAAUAUUCCCAGUACACGUACCAGCACUGUGAGUUCAUCAUGCUGGAGCAGAGUGGACCCUCUCAUGAGCCACGGUUUAAGUUCCAGGCGGUGAUCAAUGGGCGCCAAUUCCCACCAGCAGAAGCAGGGAGCAAAAAACUGGCUAAACAGGAGGCGGCAGCCAAUGCCAUGAGGGUCCUGAUGAGCGAAGCGGAGAAUGGAAGGCCCAGUGGGGUUAAAUGUGAGGAACCGCUUCCCUCCGACAGCUCAGAAGCGGAGUUGCCAGAGCCAGAGCUGUCGUCUGCAGCAGCUCCCCUCAGCCUGCUUCCUGGGAAGCACCCUAUCAGCAUAUUGAUGGAGUAUGGCCAAAAGUCAGGGAACAUAAUUGAGUUCCAGCUGCUGUCUCAGGAAGGCCCACCUCAUGAUCCUAGGUUCAGCUACUGUGUGAAAAUGGGUGAUCAAAUUUUCCCUGCUGUGGUAGGAAACAGCAAGAAGGGAGCAAAGCAAAUGGCAGCAGAAGUUGCUGUGAAGAUUCUUUCUGGAGAGUCUGUACCCCAUGUCUUGCCUGAACAGCCUGUCGCGAAGCCCCACGGUGACCAGUCCCUGCACAGCUGUGGGCCGUGGAUUGCCGCUCCAGAGGAAUCCAAGGUGGUGAAAGCGAAGGGUGUUGGGGAGCUCAUCAAAUAUCUUAAUGUCAAUCCUGUCAGUGGCCUGCUGGAAUAUGCCCGCUCCAAUGGGUUUGCUGCAGAGUUCAAACUCAUUGACCAGUCAGGACCUCCCCAUGACCCCAAGUUUGUCUAUCAGGCGAAGGUUGGAGGCCGCUGGUUCCCGGCUGUGACUGCACACAGCAAAAAGCAGGGCAAGCAGGAGGCAGCAGAUGCAGCGCUGCGAGUCCUGAUCGGGGAGUCGGAGAAGAUGGAGCGCAUGGAAGGGAUGGACAUCACUGAGCUCCCUGUGAGUGGCAGCACCCUGCACGAUCAGAUGGCCAUGCUGAGCCACCAGCGCUUCAACAGCCUCACCGCUCGCAUCCAGCACAGUCUGCUCGGGCGCAAGAUCCUGGCUGCCAUCAUCAUGAGGAGAGCAAAUAAGGGCCUGGGAGUGGUGGUCAGCAUCGGAACGGGUAAUCGUUGUGUGAAAGGAGAAGAGCUGAGCUUGAAGGGGGAGACAGUAAAUGAUUGUCAUGCAGAAAUAAUUUCUCGAAGAGGCUUUGUGAGGUUUCUCUACAGUGAGCUGAUGAAGUAUGACCUGUCUAAUCCCUCCUCUGCAGAAGAGAGCAUUUUUGAGCCAGCGGGAGGAAAGAGGCUCAGAAUAAAGAGCAGUGUUACCUUUCACCUCUAUGUCAGCACAGCCCCGUGUGGAGAUGGAGCCCUCUUUGAUAAAUCCUGCAGCGACCAGGCGAGCGUGGUGGGGCAGCCCCAGCACCAGCCUCUCUUUGAGAACCCUAAGCAAGGCAAGCUGCGGACCAAGGUGGAGAACGGGGAAGGGACCAUUCCCGUGGAGUCGAGUGACAUUGUGCCCACGUGGGAUGGGAUCCAGCACGGGGAGCGCUUACGAACCAUGUCCUGCAGUGACAAAAUCCUACGCUGGAAUGUGCUUGGUUUGCAAGGGGCACUGCUGUCACACUUCCUGGAGCCGGUGUAUCUCAGCUCUGUCACACUCGGUUACCUGUACAGUCAGGGUCACCUGACCCGUGCCAUCUGCUGCCGCGUGGCCAAGGAUGGGAACACUCUGAAGGAAAAGCUCCAGGCUCCAUAUCACAUUAACCACCCCGAGGUCGGGCGAGUCAGCGUGUACGACUCUGCCAGGCAGACGGGCAAGACCAAGGAGUCGUCGGUGAACUGGUGUCUUGCUGAUGCGAGCGAAGUUGAAGUCUUGGAUGGCACCAAAGGGAAAGUAGAUGGCCCGAAGCUGGAAGUGUCUCGUGUGUCCAAGAGGAAAAUGUUCACCUUGUUCCAGCAGCUGUGUGCCAAGCACAACCGCCAAGACCUGCUGAAGCUCUCUGUGUACUCGGAUGCCAAGGAGGCAGCGACGCUGUACCAGGCAGCCAAGCAGUGCUUCUUCAGCACGCUGGAAGAGCUGGGCUAUGGCAGCUGGAUCCGCAAACCCCAAGAGGAGGAGAACUUCUCUGUCCUUGAUACAUAGGGAAGCACCCUGCAGGGGGUGGGAGGUGAAUGUGCACAGGCUGCACUCGUCCUUCUUCCACCACCACCUCCUUGGAGUGGAGUCAGGGGCGUGCAGCAGUUUCCCCAUAGGCCUGGCUGCCUCCUUCCUGCCUUUUUAAAAUGUGCAUGUAAAUGAUUCUCCUUUUUUUAAAGUGAGGGGCAGGCUCAGUCCCCCUUAGCUUUUAUAGUUUUGUCUCCCCUUUUUUCGUUUUUAAAAGAAGGCACAAGAAAUCAGAGGGAUUCUCAGACUGUGAGCUUGAAACCUUUGGACCGUGCACUGCAGAUCCCUCUGGCAGGUUUUGAGUCAAAUUUUCUCUUUUGAGGAAGGAAAAAGCCUAACAAGCUACCAGGCUGGUUUUCUCUGUCUCUGUUGGAAGGUGACUGGCAGCCUGGCCAAGCUGGGACACAGGACUGACCUCUACAAGGCGCAGCAGGACCAGCAUAACAUUCUCCAUUAAUAACAAAAAAGAAGAUUUCUGUAGCAUUGGC